AUGAAAAUUAAAAAUAAAAAGAAAGAAAUAUUAGAAAGGAAAAAAAAAGAAAACACCAAAUUUUUAAGGUAUGUUAAAAAUAAUCAGAAAUAUGAAAAAUUCCAGAAAGCUAUUUUAUUGAAUAAUAAAAAUCAAAGGAUAAAUAAAAAAGUACCUCCCAAUAUUAAAAUAAAAAAUAAUAAUAAUAAUAAUAAUAACAAUAAUAAUAAUAACAGCAAUAAUAACAGCAAUAAUAACAACAAUAAUAAUAAUAACAAUAAUAAUAACACUAAUAAUAAAAAUAUUAUUAAUGAGAAUUCAAUAAAUUUAAAAAAAAACGAUGAAUAUAUUAUUGAACAAAAUACAUUUUAUAAGGCAUAUAAUUAUAUUUUCGAUAGAGGAGAAAAAGAAGAACCUUUAAAUGAGCAGCAAGAAAAUCUAUUUUAUGAUUCUUAUUUAAUAUAUUGUAACUUUGAUUUGUCAUCAAUAUAUAAUAUAGGAAAACACUAUAAUUUCAGCAUUUAUCUCAGACACUCCUAUUACUCAUCUGUUCUAAUAUUAGUAAAUGAUAAUAGCGAGAAAUGGAAAAAAAUAGCAAUCGAAAAUAAAAUGAGAAAAAUUAGAAAGGUUAUGACAUAUGAUAAAUUUGAAGCUCAUUAUAAUAAAGAUGAUUUAUUAAAUGAAAUUACGAGCAGAUUUGAUUUAUAUAUAUUUGAUGCUUCGAUUAGGAGCAAAAAAUAUUCACAUAUAAUUUCCAAAAUUAAAAAGCAUAACAAAAAUUUUACUACCUUACAAUUGAAUGAAGAUAAUUUUGUUGACGAUGUAGAUCGAGCCACUAGAAAAGCUUUUGCUGAUUUAAAUAAAGGAUCAACACACUCUAUUCCUAUUGGUUUUCUCAAUUUGGGAAAGGAAAAAUUAUACGACAAUAUACAACAAGCCACCAAAAGUAUGCUUGAAUUUUAUGAAGAAAAAAAUGUAUCAGUUGUUUCUAUCAAUUUAAGAUAUAUGAGCAUGACAAUACCCUUAUAUAUUCAUGCUCUAAAAAAUAUAAUUCAUCCUGGAUAUUAUUAA